AUGGAAUCUUCCAAGACCUUCAUGAGAAAUCCGCCGAUCACACCAGGCUACAGUGGCUUUGUGCCGUUCCUUAGCUGCCAGGGAACCGCCAACGAGGAUGACAUGGGCCACUGUCUGAAAACCUUCCAGGAGAACACCCAGCGCUAUAAAGACCAGCUGGAGGAAUUUCGCUGCUCCGUGGCCACCGCCCCGAAACUGAUGCCGGUCAGCUCCGAGGAGACGGUCCUGCGGGCGCUGCACCAGUACUACCGGCAGUACCACCCCAUGCUCCUGGAAUGCAAAUACAUAAAGAAACCUCUCCAGGAGCCCCCGAUCCCUGGCUGGGCGGGCUACCUGCCGAGAGCCAGGGUCACUGAACUUGGUUGUGCCACGAGGUACACUGUCAUGGCCAAAAACUGCUACAAGGACUUCCUGGACCUCAUGGAGCGAGCCAAGAGAGCACGUCUGAAACCAUAUGAGGAGUAA